AACCCAAGUGCAGUUUAUUUAACAUAAAUCCAAACAUGAACAAAAUAUAAAACAAAGACGUGGCAUGACUUGGCAAAACAAAACAUGAACAUAACAGAAGCUUACCAACAGUGGUACAGGAAGCAAUGCAUGACAAAGACACAUGGCAAACACAAGAGUUUAAAUACACAAGGGCUAAUGACAUAACAAGACACACCUGAAAGCAAUGAUUAAACCAAUGAAAACAUGGGACACAUGACAAAGGAGCACAUGGCAGGAUCACACAAUACAAACAAGGGAAACACAUGGCAACAGGGACAUGAAACAUGACAAUGACUACUUACAAAAUAAGAGACAUGAAACUAUAAACAUGAAACAAAACCCAUCACCAUCUGUGAAAUAUUCCCCCCUCUAUGGGCGGCUCCAGACGCCCAAACAUGAAACAAAACCCAACACCAUCUGUGACAGUAGUCAAGCAAAAGGCUAAUCAUAUCAUAUUACCGUUAUGUGUCCGACGUUGUAAAAAGCGAUACCAUUGUGCGGCGUUUACCUCAGUAAGUUGACCGAGUGGAUCUCUGAGCUCAUGUGCCUGAGCGGAGGAGGGGCUAAUUAGCAUAUUCAUGGGUCCACGUAUAUUAAAUGAAGCAAAGGUGUAGAGUUACAUUCAAGCUAUUUUAAGGCAUGAAGAAAAUUUUUCACAGGAAAAAACGUUUAAAUAUGUCAUUUUGGUGAUCAAAGAUGAGUUUUAAGGGAUAAAAUUAUUGACUACAGGGGGACUUUAAUAAAAAAUAAUAAUAAUAAUAAUAAUAAUAAUGACAAAAACACAGCAAAAAAAGAACAAAUGAAAACAGAACAUGUAUUUAAAAAAUUAACAAAAACGAAAAUAACACUAAAACACAGCUUGCUUAUAAUCUGCUGUGAAAUUAAAUGCAAUUACACAAGAAUCACAAUUGUGGGAAGCGUUGUAUCAUGCACCUAACACUCCAGUUUUUACAAAUAGUGUCUUUAUAUAUAUAUAUAUAUAUGCACUCGCUUAGGACAUAUAUAUUUGGAAUUCUCAUGCAGCCAAUAGAAAACAUUACGGCAACACCAAGUAACACAAGUUCUGUCAAUUUAUAAAAAUAGUUUAGUCUAUUAUAUAUCAAUCAUUUUUUAGUAUUCACUGAAAUAUAUUUAUAAUUAUGUCUCUUGAUUCCAGUUGCCGUCUUAGACGGAUUACAUUUACUGCACUGCAUUUUUGGAUUUUGGUGAAGGACGUUUCCUUAAAAUUUGUCCAAAAUGAGACUUGGAAGGCAAUCGGAACAGCCUUCGUGUGAUGUCUAGGUUGACAGCUCACUUGUUUUUGGAACAGAGCUUUAUAGUGAGUGGGUGGACAGUUAAUCACAGCUGCUAUCAGCAUCUGUGUGGCUCAGGUACACAACCACUGCUUUUCUCUGACAGUGAUGAACAUUUCAGAAUGACUGCCUUCUCAUGCAUCAUUUCACUGAGUGAUUCUUCUACCUGUACCUGUUUACUAAGGAUAGCAUCACUAUACCUAUUACUAUACUUAUAUGUUUUGAUAUUAAAUAGGCCAAAAAAAAUCCAGUAGACGUAAAAUGAAGGAGGGACUUUAUAAAUCUAAAUCUAGAGACCAAAAUAUCACACUUUUUAAAAUUGGGACAGUAAGCAAAUACCCAGAACACACUAGCAAUUGCACAGCAGUGUAUUAACCUCUCCAAAACAUCGUAGCAACAGCAUAGCAAGAGAGUUUUGCAUGGGUAAACUCCAAUCACAUUUACUUUGGAAAAAAUAAAAAACUAGUUUGAGUUAUAAAUGGGUUAUGCAAAAGACGCAUAUUAGCAUUUUGUUCCAGGAAUACUCUGAGUCAAAAGUUUACAUUUAAAUGAUUUAACAGACAUCAAUUAUUUAUGAUUUUAGAAUUCCUUCCUUGAAAUAUUGAUCCAAAAGGCAACAUUCAAUACAAUAAAUCUUUGUAGGCAGAUUUAGAAAUGGUCACAUCAAAUACAGAGUGACACCUCGCAGCUGGUAGUGAGAUUGAUUUCUAAAUGUAGAAAUGGUUUUGGUUUGCUCGCUGGGGUUUUGUAAGGCACUAGUCUUUGUAAAGCUGAUUUGCGCUGUGGAAAUCACCAAACACAUAACUGUGAAUUUUGUUGGACGUCUGUACUUUACACCCUAAUUACGACUAAUUAGAAAUUUAUUUAGUUGGAUCCUGUCUGAAACAGAUGGAAACAGAUGGUUUGAAAUGCAGAACUACAGUAUAUAUAUAUAUAUAUAUAUAUAUAUAUAUAUAUACUUACUGUAGACUUACUGUAGAGGAAAACAUCAGUGAACAAAACAUUUUUUUCACAGUCUUAUGGACAAGUUCUGAUACUUUGGUGUUUUUUGAGUUUGGCAGUAUUACAUCAGCAUCUAUUUUAUGGACGGGAGCAGGACACUCUACAGAAUUUGUCUUUUAUGUUCCUUUUUAUGACAAGAAACAGAAAAACUCAGACAGGAGGGGGAGUUUUCACCUUUGCUUGAGGGUCAAAGACGAAAAAGGAUUUUCAAGCAUCAAAACAAUAAGUCUAAUACAGCUUUGAAGUGUUGUUGUUUUUCAGUACAUCAGAAUGGGUCCUGCUUAAUUUGUUUGUUCUUUUCUGAGCAAAAAUUAAAUAUCAUACAUCACCAAUGAUUUACAGAAGACGCACACUAAAAUGUCAUUCAGUGUAACAAUCUUGUCAGGAAUAUUUACAACAAAAAAUCUAUUUAUGCCAUAUUAAAGACUAAUUACUUUUACCCCAGAUCCUAAUUACUUGUAAUUUUACAUUUUUAAACUUUGCCUCUAUUGUAGGUUUUGCCCAUUUGUCAGCAACAAUUUUUUACUCAUUUAAAAUGCAGUAUGCUCACUUAUUCUUUUAGAUAUUUUAAUACGUACAGGUCAGAAUAAGUAUGUUGUUUCAAGUGUUACACUGAAUGACAACGGAACAUUAUUUCACCCACAUUUUGACAUUUUAUUCUCCCAAAACUUAUUUUGAAACCUUAAAAGUAGACGUUUAUUUGCAUUUAAUGUGCUCUCUAUGUAUAUAAAAUCACUUUUGUAAAUUUCUAUUGAUGCGGACAUCUAAAUGUCUUUGACCCUUGAACUUAUGGGUGACUCUAACAAAAACAUGUCUGGGUUAUUUUCGUUCCAUAACACGGUAACAACAGUUCAUGAACCUCGUGGAGCUUUGGGUACCCGCCCUUCUCAUGUCUAUUUUAACUUAAUAGACGAUGGAGGCUAUUUUAACCAGAAAUCGCGUCAGCAGCUGAUUCACCCUUCAUUGAGGUGAUGUUCCAUUGCUGGCCAAUAGCCACGUCUACAUCCACGAGCUCAGAGCACAGCAAAGUUUGUGCGUAAAGGAGGAGGCGCGGCGCCAUGACUCACUCACUGUCACCUCCUCUGAGAAAUACCGAUGUCCCGAGGACCCUUCCGCUCAAAUGUGCGUGUGGAAACACAGAACUGCACUUGACUCGCUGAACUUGAGCUCUGCUGCUGUUUCCACAGCGAUGACUGGAGAGAGUGAAGCGCUGAACCGGAGACGCGCUGCACGUCCAUCUACCCAAACACCUCCGGAUCGAGUUCUCGCGUUCGCCGACACGCUGCUGAGGGUUCAUCAGUGUUCAAACCAAACCAGCAUGGCUGCUUUACGACCAAAUCUAUUCUGAUUGAAGCUGUUCACCUAAAAAUUGCAGCAAGAACUGCUCUUCAGUCAAAAAUAUCUCCUCAGCACAUGCCCAAGUGCUUUUAGCUUCGACCUUGUUAUCCGCCAGUGACAUCAGCCAACGCCGUGCAGACUUUCAGCGUGAAUCUACGAGUGACCGUCAGCACCAUGUGGACCGUUUCCAACCAUGGCAGACGUGCGCAAAAAGAUGAGAAGCCUUUCACCUUCACAACGUCUGUUAAAACAUUUACAGUGCUUUAUGAAUGUGCAAAGCAAAUUGGAGGUUUGCAGAGCGUUUUGACACCUUCACACAUCGAUGCAUUGAUGCACAUCUAAAACAGAUCACUCAUGCAUCAAACCUCAUGCUUGGAAAUUACAGACAAACCUCUUUUGUAUCUUAAUAGAUCACAUAAAUUGCAACAACGCCGUUUGUGCCAUUCUCGUUGUUCUCUAAGAUGUUGCAGCUGCACAUGGUUAUGAAUAUGUCAAAACAUCCUUCGAAUUUAUGACUUUAUGACAAAAGAACCUGACAUUCUCCUCAGCAUAAUAUGUUUAGUUCCCCAUGUUUGUUUCUUCACCCACAGCGAAUUUCCACGAACAUGCAUCAUUAAAAGCUCAUCUAGGACAUUGAGAAAUGAGGCUUAAAUUUCAUCCCGUUCCCUCAGAGAUCUAUUGGAAAUGCCCUGAUUUUCUUGUACCACGGCCAAUGCAGUAGAAUCGUUUUCAACUUUUCAUUGGAUACAAUCCGAUAUUAAGGUGCAAAACUGAACUGGAUACCACCUGGCUCACAAUCAGACCAUUAUUAAAUGCCUGGACAUCUUGAACAGAUGGUUCCCUUCAAAGACAACAUGACCCCGGAGUCAUUCUCCGAGAACUGUAGCAACUGCAGCCAAGUUCUCGCCCCGGAGCUGAACGUCAUGAAAGCCGUCGUUCUGGGAAUGGUGUUGGCGAUCUUCAUCGUUUUUGGCGUUUUGGGCAACAUCUUGGUUAUCCUCUCGGUGGCUUGCCACCGUAAUCUACGCACGGUUACGCAUUACUUCAUCGUGAACUUAGCGGUUGCGGACCUUCUGCUGAGCUCCACGGUUCUUCCCUUCUCCACGGUCUUUGAGAUGCUGGGUCGUUGGAUCUUCGGACGGCCUUUUUGUGAUGUUUGGGCGGCCAUGGAUGUCCUGUGCUGCACGGCGUCCAUCAUGAGCUUGUGCGUGAUCUCGGUGGACCGCUAUAUUGGCGUUAGCUAUCCUUUGCAGUACCCGUCCAUCAUGACGGAGAGACGAGCAUUGCUUGCAUUAAUAGUUCUGUGGGCUCUAUCAAUCACCAUCUCCAUCGGACCUCUUUUUGGCUGGAAGGAACCGGCGCCAGAUGACGAAUCCAUAUGCAAGAUAACCGAGGAACCCGGCUACGCCAUCUUCUCUGCGUUGGGGUCCUUCUACCUCCCAUUGGUGGUGAUUCUGUCAAUGUAUUGCCGCGUGUACGUGGUCGCAAAGAGGGAGACUCGAGGACUGAUUAGUGGACAGAAAACGGAAAAGUCCGAUCAUGCAGCGGAGGCCGUCACCUUGCGGAUACACCGCGGGAACGCGACGGUGUCCGAGGACGAGGCCUUGCGCAACCGGACACACUUCACACUGCGUCUGCUCAAGUUCUCACGGGAAAAAAAGGCAGCUAAGACCCUGGGCAUCGUGGUUGGAUGCUUUGUCCUUUGUUGGCUUCCGUUUUUCCUGGUUCUUCCAAUCAGUUCCAUCUUCCCGACGUACAGACCCUCGGACACAGUCUUCAAGAUAACGUUUUGGCUGGGCUAUUUCAACAGCUGCAUCAACCCCAUCAUCUACCCCUGCUCCAGUCAGGAGUUUAAGAAAGCCUUCCUGAGCGUGUUGGGCGCGCGCUGCCUCCGCAAGAGAUCCACGCCGUCCCACCCGCUGUACCAGAGUCACAGUCCGCGGCACGGCCAGUCUCAGAUCCUCGGCCUGACGAGCCUUGACAAUCCAUCCCGUCUGAGCCCGUCCUCUUCCAUAGUGCUGUCCCGCAGCCCUUCCUCCAGGGACGGCCGGGACUGGCAGGCCCCUUCCCGGACUUCGUCGGUGGGGACGACCGGGGUCAGCACCGGGGUGAGCGUGGGAGCAAAAGUGGCGGGAAUGUGUGGUAAGAACCUGGUGAGGACGUGCUGCUGCGUGAAAACGGAUUCGCCGCAGCCUGAGCCGCCUGCGCACAACUCGCUUCCCAUCAUCAAAAUCCAUCAGCUCUCGCUGUGUGAGGAUGGGGAUGCGGUGUGAAUGAGCAGCACGCUGGGGAAAUCACUCUAAGGAGACUCACACUGGCUGUGAUGCCACUUUGCCACUUGAGUCUCAGACUCGAGAACACAAACUGAUGAACAAAAGCCAGACGCUUUGAACUGAAACGAUCUGCGCUGGGAACAUUGAAAGCUGCUGCAAAGCUGUUGAUGCUUAUUAAAGGGACAGUUUACCAGUGAAUGAACACUGUCUUUAUUUACUCACCCACAUGUUGUUCUAAACCUGUCGAAUGACAGUCGAUGAGUUGAAACACAUGAGAUUUUACAGCUUCAAUGGAGGUAAAUGCACAAUGACUUAACCCUGUAAAGCCGGAAUUAUGAAGUAAUAGUCCGAAAAAUCAAUUUUUUUUUAAAAUGGAACAGUUUAUUGAGCAAAAUCUAAAAAAAAAAAAGUUUGCAUAUGUGUUUAUGUUUUGUAUCAUAUUUGAUACAUCAGGCUUUUAUGGUUCAUACUGAGAAUAUUGAGCUCAUAAUUGACCUUAAUUUUAUUCAGAGGCCCAAACUGAGCAAAAAUAUGCAAUUUGGUGCAGAUGAUGAUAUUUCUAUGAACAAAAAGUAAGAUGAAAUUCUGACGCGCAAUGCAACGCCAGGUGCAACACAAGUGUUUUUUGCUAGUUUCAGCCCGACGCAGUUAUCAAUUUCACGUCCAGCGGCACGUCGUUUAAAUCGCAAAUGCAUUUGCGCCCAUCUGUUCGCCCAUGGGUGUGUUGGUCUGAAAACGAGGUGUGUUCAGGUGCAUUGUUGGCGUGUUGCUAUUUUGAGGCAACUGAAAACCACUUCUUUUUUUUUAUGUUAUUUAAAAGGGAGCAUUAGUAAUAUGCACCUAUAUGCGGGUGCACAACGUGAGUACACUCUGCUUGUUACACACACAGGGACGCACAGCAGCACACAAAAAUUAUUAAAUAAAAGGAUUACAAUGUAAAAGAUUAUUAUUGUGUACAUAAAAAUGGCUACACGUCAUAAUGGAUAGUCAUUGCAUGUAUCAGAAUUACCUAUUUGCAGUAAUGACGAAUGAAAUUGGCUAAUUAUUUGAUCAACUGUGUCAAUACACACAUGUAUUUAAACUGACUCGUCAGGUUGAGCGUGUCUAUAUUCCACCAUGUAAAUAGCGAAUUAAAGGGAAUGGGAGAUGAGACUCUGAUUGGUUUAUUGCACAUUACGCUCAAAACACACCCAUGAUCCAUUAAGAGACUAGGUACAACUAUUUUGGACCACGCGUCUGUUGCGCCGACCAUUUUUUCCGUCGUUAUACUAGCAAAAGUGGAUUUGGCACCUGCGCCAUGCACUUAGAUCGUUAAAAUAGGGCCCCUAUAUCUGCCAAUAAUGUCCUAAUAAGAUGACAUUUUAAAUGCUUAGUUUUAUGAUUAAAGCUUUGUAGUUUUAAAACAUAUAAUGCAAUGCAAUACAAUGAUGAUUGAGAGAUAAACAAACUUUCCUUAAAAGCCUGAUGAUCAUUUUUGAUACUCACAUUUGAACAUGAUUUUUCUAAUAUAUGGAUAAUCAAGUUAUCCUAAGUUGCUUCAGCCCAGUAAGAAAACAGUACUAACAAUAUUAAAGUUAUUUUUGCAUUUACUUUAUAAAAAAUCAGUAAAGAUUUCACAGCAAAAAUACAUGUGAACCACGAGCUGAAGGUGGAUGAUUUAUACUAAAAGGCCUUUUUCUUGCUAAAAAAACUAUGAACUAUCAAUCAGACAGCAGAAGCCUGUAUAGAUUGUGUGCAACAAGUUUUUCAGCAAAGUUUUGAUCAUGUUGAUAAUUAAGAGACCUUAGAAAUCCUUUCAUAUCAAAUAUGAUACAGUAGCCUUUACAGGGUUAAACUCAGUCUGUUCCUCACACAAAGCUGUCAUGUUCUUCAGAAGAAGAUGUUGAAUAUAUAACGCACAAGUCUUAUGGACUAUUCUAUGCUGCUUUUAUUGUAUUUUUGUGUGUGUUUUUUUUUAGACUGACAAAAAUGGGCACAUUGUUUUAUGUUUUUAGGUUUGGAAUGACAUGAGCAUGAACAAACACUGACAGAAAUGUCAUGUUUGAGUGAACUAUUCCUUUAAAAGGAGGCAGUGCACGUGUUUGUUUGCUUGGAAAUUAUGGUGGACAUCAUUCUGCAUGGAUCUGUGAUGAUAAAUACCAGCAAUUUUAUUAUUAAUAUUAUUGUUAUUGACUACAGUUAUUUUAAAAAUGUCUGAUAAGUGUUUCUAUACAGGGUUUGACAUUAACUUUUUUGCUCACCAGCCACUGUGCUUAUUGGUUACUAGCCACUCAGCAUUUUCACUGGCCACAAUUUUGACAUUGAUACCAUGUGGAUAAAUAAUAUUAUCUCAGAAUUUGGCAGCAGGUAAAUUAGGCUGCUGUCACUUUAAGACCUGACGCACAGAUCCAUUACACUGGUACACAUGCGUUUUCUGUUGCAACUGUUUAUAUUCACUUUAAACAUAACUGACUGUGUUUAUGUGAAUACUCGCCAAGACCGGCAUUUUGACAUUAUUUUGUGUGUAUUUGACUGUUUGUGCACAAUAAGCAGUGAAAAAGGACUCAAUUUAGUACUGAGAGCCCAUCUUAUUUGCACACACUUUGGGUGUGAGCACAAAAUCUGCGGGAAUGAGUAAAAUUAUGCGCAAUCCCAUGCUGAAAUUAAAACCCUGUAACACCAAUAAUAUUUAUUCUGAGCAAACGAAACGAGUGAGUGAGGGGAGGCGGGUUUGUGUGUCAACUCACUGUCGGAGAGAUGAGAGAGAGAAAGCACUGCUGGUAUUGUGUAUCUGUUCUGCAGAAAACGAGUACUGGAAGCGUUUCAGAUAUUUCAGUAUCAAUAUGUAUCGAAAAAUCUGUAUUUUUGUCAACACUACAUUAUUUCAGAUGGCUUAUUAAAAGACUACAAUUGAAAAAUGUGUAUUAUAUAUAAAAUUCAACCCGCCGAAGUGGCUAGUAGAAGUGACUGCGUUACACGCCACUGCUGAAAUCCACCCGCAUUUGGCGGUUGUUAAUGUCAAGCCCUGUUUCUAUAUACAAAAAAGAAAAGAGUAUUAUACUUUCUUGUUUGUUCAGUUUUCUGAAAUUGCACUACAGUUAAUGGCCAUGAGUUGUUUGCAUUGAGUAUAAUCAGACUUUCCAUUACAGAAAACCCAUGUCACCUGAUGAUUAAUAGUGAUGCACAGAAACCUUUGUGAACAAAGAAUUGAUCUUAUUGGUAUUCCUGCAUGGUCGCCUUAUUAUCUGUACACCCCUGCUACUGUAUGUCAAAAAUGAGCGUCAGAUACGGCUUUCCAUGUGUUUCACCCUGGGACCAACAAUCACUCUUCCCAUCAUUUGUGUUUCCAUUACUGUGAUCUGGGAAACGCACAAAUCUCCAUGUGAUAUUGAUACUUGACCUUGAUCAUAAUGAAUAUGUGAUGAUGACCUCAAAAUGACCAACUUGUGUUGCUUAAAUGCCUUAUAACAAGCGGCACUUCUGUUAUUGUGUUUGUUUCUCAAAUGAAAGAAAAUCGUGUGAUUCCAAUAUGGAUAAUAUCCAAUAAAACAUUCUGUAUCAUAA